AUACACAUAGAUUGAUGACCGGAGGUAAAGUGGAGUGAUACCACCGGCUCAUGACAACAAGCGUUGACCAAGGUGGGCCUUAUUGGCUUCGGCACCAUCGGCCGCGGCGUGGCCACGCGCGCUCUGGGGCUUCAGAUGCGUGUCGUGGCGGUGGACGCGCGGCCGCCGGCGGUGACACCACCAGGGGUGGCGUGGAUAGGCACUGAUGAUCAACUUCCACGGCUCUUAGCCGAGUCGGAUUUCGUGGUGGUCGCCGUGCCUCUGCUACCGGCCACGCGCAACAUGAUUGGUGUCAAGGAGCUGUCACUGAUGAAGUCCGAUGCAGUGCUGAUCAACAUCGCCCGUGGUCCCAUUGUGGACGAAGUGCCCUUCUGGGCAGCCCUACAAGGUGAGAAGAUAGGUGGUGCGGUGUUGGAUGUGUGGUGGAACGACUUCUCCUGGUUCCAGAAUGGGACCUGGCCCUCGACCUACAACUUCAGCAGUUUGCCCAACUUUGGAUGACGCCGCAUGUUUCGGUGAAUACUUUGGAAGCCCACAAUGAGACUUUGGACCAGGCUGCAGCCAAUCUGAUGGCCUUGGCCAAGGGUCAGCCGCUGCACAACGUGGUGCGCAACGCCUCCCUGGGUGGAGGGCAGGUGCUGCUGGCGUGAAGGAAAAAGGCG